AUCUAGCCACACACCCGUUUAAAUCCCCCUUCGUCUCAAACUUCGGGUACACCGCUACGGUGACCUCUAUAUUCGGCAGCGCAUGGUUGACUAAGGCGCGCAGAUGAUCAGGGAAGCUUCCAAAUGUAUCCUCUCCGCCCUAUUGACUGCGCUGUUAAUAUUACCAAAGCUCCUCCCAUCCGUAAUGCGCGAGGCGGCGGCGCGAGGGGUGGCACACCUUGAAACCGUGGAUAAAUACCAAAAGAAGGGUUCUCUUCAUGAUACCCGUGAAUCUCGGAACAUAUUCUUCAUGGUUGACGGUCUUGGAAACGGUCCUGAAUGAGGCAGAGUUCUACUUCGCAAAUGCGGUUGUUAUGUUAUGGAUAGUUGGCCGCCGUCCCCUUCCCAGGCAUUUGGCGUCACAAGCAGACAGUUGUCACAUGAUCUCAUAGGGCUGACCCUUCCGUCGACCCUCCCUCGAAUCGAUUAGGAUACAACCAGUCUGAAAUUUGAACCAGGAACUAAUAUCUCAAUUGUUAGACUUCGGGAAAGAUCCAAAGACUAACAGGAAAUGGCAUUUGAAAAACAUCCAGUCUUCACCAUCUAAUUUAAAUUGAAAUAUGCAAGUCUAAUAUAACAGGGAGCAAUGGUGUUCAAAGUUUAGGAAACGAAGCUCUUAGCAUGCCAUCCUGCAUCAUCGUCGCGACCAGCGUGCCAUCAGGGCUCCAAAUCUGGGCUUGGAAGAGACCUCGAUUCUCUCCUGAUCGACUCGUUUGUGCUUCCAGCGCGAACCACUUCUUCCGCGCUGCUUCCUUAGGGGCAUCCCAAUCUAUCAUUCUCAAUGCCGGCCCAUGGGUGUGGAAGAUCACGGUAUGGCUUAGACUCGCGAUAUUGGUAAUAUCAUAGACCAUGUCGUGAGCCCACGCAAUGACAAGUAGCGAACUGCGGUCACUCUGGUAUAGAUGGGCACAGAUAUAGAGAUUAUCGUACUCUCCCGCCUCGUCAGCCUUCCGAAUCUCUUCGAGUGUGCCGGCAUCUGCUUCGUCUUCGAGGCCAGGUAGCCCCAAGAGCCGAUAGAAUUGCAGGUGGCGAUACCGAUCUUUAUGGUUUCGAGCAUCCACUGAUUCAUUGUAUUCAUCCAUCGCUACCUUCCUUGACUCAACGCCAGCGAAAUGCAAUUCUUCACUUAUGCGUUCUUCAACCUUGGGGUUCCAUGAUGCCCUGUCGACGAAGGGCGCCAAUGGGUGGUCCUCUAUCCUCUUCCCCGCCAGGACGACUUUAUAUCUCUCCUGGAUAUCUGCGACUGGUUGAUGCUGGAAAUUGUACCUCCGCUCUGCCCGUUUAAAACUACAGAGAGCGCUGAAACACACACCUUGGCCUUGUGAAACAUCUACGGCGCGAAGGCAGUAUGUUGAACCGUCUCUAACAUGGCGCACUGAAAAUGUGAAGGGGAUCCCAUCCAACCCUGGGAGCGUGAACGAGCCUGUUAUAUUCUGAACAGCCAUAGUUAGUUACUGCUGUCCUCUUUUUGAAAUAUAGCGCAAGCUGUUGGAUCUGUACAAGUUGGUGAUAUCUGAGCUGAAAUAUUAUUUGUUCGCCUUCGCGCUGGUUUCAGGUUUGUUUGGCACACACAUAUUCCUUCCGUCAAACACUUAUACUGCACAGGUGCCUUUCAACCUACCUGCCUAGCAGGCGCAGAGCAGUGUCCACAACAACACAGUAAACAAAAUAAAAAUGGGAACAGGUAAGUAACUUUAGGUCCUUACAUGUAAAACGAAACCCUUCCCGACAGUCUUUGAUGCAGCAUAUGCCGACUGGGCGUAAACGUGUCCGCCAUACGCAACUUUAAAAUCGUCUGGCCGAUACGGGGCCAUCCGGGCCCGAAACCUCUCAAAUCGAAAUGAUUCCCCAUUCUGAGCGCCAUUCGCACAGCUGUCGCAAGAUCCACCGUUGCCCGUAGCAUCUCCGUUCUCAUCUAACCUUUCGAGGGCCAUCAACUUGACAAAUGGAUAUGCGGGCGGUGCGGAGGGUGCGGCGGGAUGUUCUUCAUCAUCGCUUCUGUCGCUUGCGCUUUGCACAGAGCUGUUUAUUGGGGGUGGCCUUGACAUGGUUUGAAGAGCAUCCUUGUUCUAUGGCCAGAGUAUGCGUGUGGGCUUGGGGAAGAUGUGAGAUUGAGAAAGGAAUAUAAAGUUGAAACGGGACUUCUUAUCGAGUGGUUUAUGACUGAGCUGGGAGAUGAAAUGAUUCCGCAAAAUAUGGGCAAAGAUAUGGGCCCUCCCUUUUCAGCUACAAAAAAUUAGCUGCCCGGGAGAAGGCAUGUGCGUUGCGAAUAGCCCUGUUAUCGAUACACUCCCCACUUCGAAAGCCUAAAGGAUCGAUCAAAUCCCACCUGUUUUGCCCUUGAAGUCAUUCAAAGGAUUUGUUAUGCGCGGCCAUGGCUGAUAAUAGCCCCCGAAAACUACCAGAGCCUCUGCGAAAAAUCCCUGUCGACAUCACAACUGAAACCUCACAUAUCGAAAUGCUGAGGUAUUCUUGCCGGAAAUCUGGAGUCGGCCAUAUCAAUCUGUGGCUUCGGCAGUUCCGGUUGUCGGGCGGGAAAGCUAUAUAACUGCUCCGUACGGAGUACAGAGUACAGCGUGUUUGUCUUGUUUGUCUCGUCCCAGCUUCUCAUACCAAAUUAGUACUUACAUAGGUGAUGUUAUUUGAUGACUCGAGUGCAUUUGGCUUGGCCUGUUUAACUGCCCGCCAUUCUGGCGUGCAGCGGCUUCCAGGUUGUCAAUGAUGUAGACUUAUAGGUGAUCGCCGCGGUGAAGUCCAAAGGUAUCAGUUCGGAGCAUUAGUGGUUUCUUGGUAGUUGCCGCUACGAUCGUAUUUCCCAGGCACCCACGCCCUACGCUACGUACGUAGGAGUUCAACUCUGAGGGGAGCUUGCUGCCUGGCAUGCUGUUGAAAACGUCCCCGCGAAGUCUAUAUAACAAGAAACGUGUUGGACCUCUCUCACGAGAGUGGAAUGAUCUGAGCGACUCAGGCAGUUGUUGUUUUGAAGUUGUGUUCGCUGUGUCCUUUGAUGAACAAGCAGAUAUUCGAGCCCAACCAUCCUAUCCAUCAAAAUUACCAUUAAAUAACCAUGCCCCGCUUCAUUGUGGUGGUCCUCCCAGACGCCGACGCCGAGUCUGGCAGGAUGCCCACGACCCAGGAGCUUGCAGACAUGACCGUAUUCAAUGAGCAGCUCGUCAAAGCCGGCGUCAUGGUCAGCGGAGAGGGUCUGCUCCCCUCCUCACGCGACGGGUACCGCCUUUCAUUUUCCACCGCUGCCGACCCCGUUGUCGUCAAGGGGCCCCUUGAGAACCCGGCUCUCAGUGGCUGGUGGGUGAUCAAGACCAAGGAUGUUGAUGAAGCACUCGAGUGGUGCAAGAAGAUUCCGUUCAAGUCUGGCGGGGUGGAACUGAGACGCAUUGCUGCGGAGGAGGAUUUUGGGCCGGAGCUCACUGAUGAGCUAAAGGCGCGAGAAGGGGCUAUGAGGGAGGAGCUUGCGGGAGGCAAGCCCUAAGGAUGGAUGCAUGCGGACUGGAGUCCGAUGGAGGCGCAGGUUUUUAUGACUUCGACGAUGUUUACUUCAGAUUUGACGUUAACACCACCACCCACUCCGGAAGGAAGCCCUCCCAGGAAUUUCAAUCUUUGGUACUUGUUCCUUUUUAUCUUAUGCGGUGGAAGUGAAAGGAACUAUCUUGACUUGAAGGACUAUGCCUGUCAACAGGUAGAGUUCAAAAUACUUGAAUCAACACUCUGUCGCUCUCUAGCUAUAGCUCAUUUUGUAUGUCUAUAGGUUGCACUCUUUUACUCGCACAAAUAUAUGCAAGUUUGAUCUCAGCCUCCUUGCUAAGAAGACUGAGCACGUCACUUUUACUCUGGUACAUGUACAUGAUGUGGUGUAUAUGAGGAGUGGAGGCGCUCCGCGCCGCUGGAUACACAUAUAUGCCAAUGCCAUCCACCGCAUCCCACUCCACCCCAAUAAUCCCAAAUCCCACUACAGCUACAGCGAGCUAUCUUGACGAAAAAAAGUCCUCUCCUAGCCAAACCAUGCCGUGGGACGAUCUAUCCAUCCAGCCGGGCUUCUGAGCAAUCGCACCUCCCACCAAACCGUAUAUCUCAUCUCACCCACAAGUGCAGCUGUCAGAAAUAGUGUUUGAAAAAGAAAAGCUUCCAUUGAGAAGAAACCUACUCCAGAUCUCUGUAUGAGUUUCUUUUGUUGUUGUCCUCCCGUGUAGGGCUGAUGUUUAUCCUGUUACCAAUGCCAUCAGCAAAUCUG